ACCCCAUUAAGAUCCGUAUAUCCAUCUAAAACAUAUAGAAAAUAUACUUUCAAUCAUUCUCUUUGACCUAUCCCUGGCCUAUUCCUUCAAACGCUGCCAAACUUGCUCAAAUAUUCCUUAAAUUAUAAUACAUAUUCCAUCAAAGUCAAUCCCCCUAUCAUUAAGAGUCCUUAUACAGUAUAGAACAUUCUCUUUAUGCCACCAAAGCAGAAGCGGGGGGCUAAACCAAAGCAAGACUGGCGAACCAACAUCAAUCUAUUUUCCGAAGUCGACCCAGUUAAGAAGGAGGAGCUGCAGGAUAUACAAAGGAGAGUUGAGAGGUGUAGGGAGGCACAAUGGCAGGAUCAGAUAUUGGUGGUUAAAGAAGGAAUCCAGUCCUUCUUUGGGUUUGAAGCAAAGGAUGACCAGGCACGGUGUAUUGCACACCUCCUUUUCAAACAGAGAGACCUGAUCUUAACUGCAAAGACAUCCUUUGGCAAGAGCUUAAUCCAUCAAGCACUACCAUGCCUCUCUAGAGGAUCUGUUGCCAUUGUGAUCGUCCCUCUUGAUGCACUUGGUAAAGAGCAAGAAAAGAAGAUCUCAUUAAUCCCUGGAACCCGACCAAUCUUCUUAAAUGCAUCAAACACGAACGAUGGAGUGAUUCAAGAAGUACAGAAAGGUGCUUACACUCAUAUUAUUACCUCACCAGAGCAAUUGAUUGGCAAGAGGUUCCGUAUCCUUAUCCAGGAUCGGCUCUUUCGGUCCCAUCUGCUCUCUGUUUGUAUUGACGAGCUUCAUCUCGUUUUUGACUGGGGUGAUAAGUUCCGCCAUUCCUAUACAGAACUACGUAUCGUCCGACGGGAGCUUGAAGAUAUUCCGUGGUUUGGAACCACUGCAACUCUGGACCGGUUAACAUUAUCCCAUGUCCGGGGGCUCCUAGAAUUAUCAGACCAUAUUCAGGUUAUUCAAACAGACACCAACCGAGAGGAUCUUACCUAUAUUGCCAAGCAGAUCCCUAUACAUACACAGAAGUCAUUUCUCGGGUUGAAUUUCCUGCUCGAAGGUGCAUUUCGACAUUGUGUAAACAGGGAACAAGACCUACCAGGGGGAUGUUGUGAUGCUUGUCAUUGUCAAGGAAAAGGGUUUAUACCUACGCCUGAGCAAAUUGAUAAAACCAUCAUCUUUUUUAAGGCAAAGCGCGAGAUCCGGGAGUGCACUAAGAUAAUCCGUUCAUGGUUCCAAGAAUAUGGAUAUUCUGAGAUACUAGCGAAGGACACAGUGGCACAAUAUGGUACCAUGCUGACCUAAGCGAACAUGAGAAACAAGGGAUAUACUCAAAAUUCUACCAUUCCCCUAUCAGGAUCCUCCUUUCAACAGAUGCACUUGCACAUGGUUGCGAUAUUCCAGAUAUCACAAGAUCUAUUAUAUGGAAAAU